AUGUUCCGUUACCGUCUUUCCAAGUUCAAGGCAAGUGUCCGUGGCAACAAGAAAGGUGAAGGCCCAUUUGUGGCAGUUAUUGAGAACCCGUUAUUCGUCGAUAAUUUAAAUAUUGAUAAUCUUCGUGAGUUCCCAGAAGAUCAAUCAACCGAUGGAGGGAUGCAUGAUGACCCUCUUGACAAUGGUGGAUCGAGAAGAAGACUUAGUCUUACCAGAAUAAAGCAAGCUAUUAAAAGAAAAAGUACAAACACAAAAGCACGCAGUUUGAGAAGAUUGAAGGCUAUCUUCAGUAAUACUUCAGGAAGAGAUCCCGAAUACAAGCUGCGAGACUCUUCAACAUUAUCCUCUCAGUUUUCCUAUCAAAGUGGUGCUGAUUCCAAUCGCACUUCAGUUGCUUCAGUAUACUCUUCAGGGACAAUCCCAAACAGUAUCGAAUACUACAAGACACCCGUUUACCUUCCAGUAACCUUGGAAAAUAUCCAGAAUGAUGAUAAUGCUUCAGUUUGGUCUAUUGACUCAGCAUCAGAGAAUAGCCAAAUCGAUGAAGCAUCUGAAUUUGCUUCCAUUAGGGCCAUAAAGUCAAUUCCAGAGAGAAUUGAUUCCUCUGGUAGUGCUGAAGUCUGCUCCUUUGACCCAGAACCGGAGAUUAUCGAUGUCAACGAAACUUCUGAAUGUGCUUCCAACUCAGCUAUGGAGGCGAUCCUAGAGAGAAUUGGCUCCUCUGGGAGUGCUGAAGUUUGCACUUGUGGAUCAGAGCCUGAUAUUAUCCACGUAGAAGAAGCUUCUGAUCGUGCUUCCAAUUCAGCUGUGAAGCCAAUCUCAGAAAGAAUUAAUUCUUCUGAGGUUGCUGAAGUUUGCUCUUCUACACCAGAGUCUGAUAUUAUCCAUGCCGACGAAACUUCUGAAUGCGCUUCCACUUUGGAUGUGAAGACAAUCCUGGAGAGAAUCGGUUGUAUCGGCACCUCUGAAUGUGCAUUAGAACCAAUACCAGAAUUUGAGACUGAUCUCAAGAGCAAAUUGGAGGAGUUGCUUAAGAAGCAAUGGGAUAACCAGGAGGAAUUAGAUCAUUUGAUGCUAGCUGUUGGCCCAGACCAUCCUUCUUACCAUCUUGUGAACUCCCAUAGGUUGGAAAUCGAACUGCAGAUAUGUGCAAUCAUUUGCAAGUUAAAUCCUGACCAAGCCAUGCCUGCCAAUCUCCACGAAGAGGAUCAGCCAAUGGUUCCAGUAGACGAACCUCCACAAACUGAGGCUCAAAAUUCGCUUGAUAAUAUCCACAAAGAGGAUCAGAUAAUGGAUCAAUUCGAAACUGACAGACCAAUUGACGGUCAGGAUCUGCUUGAUUAUAUUCACAAAGAGGACCCGGGAACCAUCCAAAAUGAACCUGAAUUACCUAGUGAGAAUGGUCCACAUCCAUUUGUACCCAAAGUAAGCCACAAGAAGCAUGAACCACGUCUCAACAGAGAAAUUAAGGGGUUUAUGCAUCAAAAGGGCAUCGGGAAGGGUAUUGAGAUGAGAAUAAAAACCCUUGAGGCUUCUUGUUAA